GAGCCGCCGCGGUCCUAUCCAUGCUGCCGCAACAAUGCGCAGCCAUGCUUAGACCGCCUGCUAUUCCCCCGGCUGCACUGACCUCUGGCCCCGCGAAUGCUCAAGCCAUUCCAGCGGAAGAAAUGACGUUUCCUGUGCACCACCGACCGAGCCUACCUGCCCCUGAGGCAGAGAGUGUAUCAUCAGUCCCAACUGCAACUAGUGACACUGACGUGACUAUGGGGGUAGAAGAGCUUGAAAUUAGUACAAACGCAGUCGAUGCCAGUCGAUCACAAUCUGUGGAUGAUCUGAUCGUUCUCGAUACGCUCGACACAGCCGAUGAGUUCGUGGUGAUGACCUCAAGUCAGACUAACGAAAUAAUCGAAAAACAUUGCGCAGAGUUGUUUACUAUCGUGUAGCAAGGCCUGUUGUGACUAGGAAGGACUGGAGGAAUACACUCGAUAAUUCGCAACGUCUGUGACAGCUGCUGCAAGUCCCAGCCAUGAGAGGAACUCGGUCAUCGAUACCAGUAGCCGAAUGCGGGCGUUAUAGGCUACCUCGCUUUCCUUGGAGGCAGCUCCAUCUUCGUCACUAUACAUGACAGUUGUUUUGCAGCACAGCUACCUCUUCGCAGUGUUUCUAGGGCUUUUAGUGGGGACAUGGACUGUUGCGAACCUAAUGGUAACACAGAAUAGCCGCCAACCACUGCAAGGGAGACUUGGG